AUGAUUGACAGUGAUCAGGAAAUGACCCCAACAAUAUAUUGUAGUGACUCUUUUCUUGGUGAAUCAAAGACCAAGCAAUACUUGUUCUUAGAUCCUGAAGAACCUAUGGCGUCUUGCGGUGGCCUUGUGUCUACCUUCUUGUUGGCAAUCUUUGUCACUCAAAUUGUCGAAUUCAGUCAUUCCAUUGCUUCGACAAAUGUAAGUUGUAUUGGUGUGGAGAGGGAAGCUCUUCUAAAGUUCAAGCAUGGUCUCACUGAUCCUUGGAAACGCUUGUCAUCAUGGACUGGUGAGGAAUGUUGCAAGUGGGAAGGAGUUGAAUGUAACGAGAAGACAGGCCAUGUCCUCAAGCUCGAUCUUCAUAAUCCAUGUAUUGAAGAGAUUGAUAUGCUUGACCCUUCAUAUAAGUGCAGGUUGGGAGGUAACAUAGUUCAUUCUUUAACAGAACUGAAGUAUUUGAAGCACCUGGAUCUUAGCAUCAACAACUUUUCAACCCAUAAAAUCCCAAUGUUCUUUGCUUCUCUUCAAAAAUUAGAGUAUCUCAACCUCUCAUAUGCAGGCUUCAACGGAGAUAUUCCUAGGCAGCUCAAUAACCUUUCCAAAUUACAGUACUUGGAUCUUAGUAAUGACUUUGUUCUAGGUUACUUAACCUCGAACGAUCUUGAUUGGAUGUCAAAGUUAUCUUCCUUGACAUACUUGCACAUGUCUGGUGUUGGCCUUUCGAGUGCCAAAGAUUGGUUUGGUUCCAUUAACAUGCUUUCAUCUUUGCAAUCUUUAAGAUUGAGCAAUUGCCAAUUGCAAGAUAUUUCUAGCUCUUUGCAAGCCAAUUUCACCUCUCUUAGAUUCCUCACUAUCGAGUCCAAUAAUUUAAGUUUUAUUCCUCCAUGGAUCUUUAACUUGAGCAAGUUAGAACAUAUUGAUCUGUCUGACAACUUUCAUAUCAAAGGUCCUUUUCCCACAGCAAUCGUUGAGAAUAAUCAAAGGCUUGCCUUCUUUGACGUGUCUUUAGAUUCGCUACAUGGUGAAUUUCCAAAAAACAUGAGCAAUCUUUGCAAAUUGCAAGUGGUACAAUUAAGCAGUAACUACUUCAACGGGAGUAUCUCCGUCAUCUCAGAUGGUCCUCACGGUUGUGUCCGGAGUAAGUGGAAGAUCUUUGAUGUUGCUGGCAAUAAAUUUAGUGGUGACCUCCCCAAUCAAUUCGGAGAUUUCAAAGAACUAGAGUUCCUCGAUCUUUCAUUGAACUCGAUUUCUGGUUCUAUUCCUUCCAAUUUGGGGGAGCUAUCAUCUCUAAGAGAGUUGCAUCUGAAUGAUAACAAAUUGAGUGGGAUUAUUCCAGAAAGUAUUGGGCAACUAUCGAAUCUGAAGGAGCUCCAAGUCCACAAUAAUUUUUUAUAUGGAGUUUUAAGCGAACUUCACUUUGAAAAUCUCAAACUUGACCGGCUUAGACAUUUCUUCCAAUGA